AUGUCUGAACGCAAAGUGCUCACGAAAUACUACCCUCCAGAGUUCGAUCCCUCCAAGAUUGCCCGGACUCCUAAACACCUGCGACCGACUGGGCCUAAAACCAUCCCAGUGCGACUGAUGGCCCCGUUCAGCAUGAAAUGUACCUCUUGUGGCGAGUACAUAUACAAAGGUCGCAAGUUCAAUGCACGCAAGGAGACGACCGAUGAGAAAUACCUCACCAUUGCCAUCUAUCGCUUCUACAUCCGUUGCACAAGAUGUUCUUCCGAGAUCACGUUCAAGACGGACCCCAAGAAUAUGGACUACACCGCCGAACGUGGCGCAAAACGGAAUUUCGAGUCGUGGCGAGACCCUGAAAGUAGCGAGCUGAAAGAAACCGAUGAACAGCGCCUUGACAGGCUCGAGCGAGAAGAGGCCGACGAGGCAGAGAAUGCUGAACGGAAUGCCAUGGAAGAGCUGGAGCAGAAAAUGGAAGAAAGCAAACGUGAGAUGCAAGUGGCCGACGCACUCGACGAAAUCAGACAGCGAAAUGCAAGAAUAGAGCGUGGUGAAAAGGGUGGCAAGGAGGAAGAUGCACUUGCCCAGGUCAGAGACAUUCAAAAAGAGCAAAGGGAACGAGAGGAAUUAGAGGACGCUGAAGCUGCUCGUAGAGCCUUUGAGGCCCGCAAGGAAGCCGCCGAGGAAGAAACACAAGCCAGGGACGCGAUCAGCUCAGGCGGAAGCGCAGUACAGGAUGGAUCAUUCAAAGAGACGCGGCCUUUACCAUCCUUCGAGAGGACCAAAAAGAUCAAGAAACCUCUGGUCCCCGGCUUAGUCCGUAAGGCCGAAAUUGUUCCUCCCGCUCCAGCCAGGGAACCAGGACCCCCACCAGCUCCUGCAAAAUCAAUAGGACUAGCUCUAGGCGACUACGACUCAGACGAGGAUUGA